GCUGCUGCUGCUGCUGCUGCUGCUGCUGCUGCUGCUGCUGCUGCUGCUGCUGCUGCUGCUGCUUAUCCAGCGCGGUAGGCCGUUCGGGAAUAGAAGCUCCUCGCCCUUCGUUUUCUCCAGCAGCUGUUCAUCACGACAACGAUCACAGAACAGCGCGUUAUGCGCCAAAAUGCUGUUCAAGUCUGCAUUGGCUGCAUGUAGGGAACAUUCCCUAAAAACUUCAGCCUAA